CAUGUUUCACUUUUCGGGAAUCAGGAAGUCCACUUGUUCUUCAGGAAGGGCAGGUGCAGCUUAGCCGACUUGCACCGCUCUCGUUCAAAUGCCCUAGCUCGCGCUGUGUCCGUCUCUCUCUGGACUCUCUUCCGAUCUUCCAAAGAAGUAGAACGCUUGCUGUUUAUGAGUCCAAUCCCUUGAUCUUCCAUAGCAGUAACUGAUUGGGCUUAUGGAUACACCCCCACCACAAGCUCCUGCGCAGUACUCUAGCUCUUUUUCACCCCCAAGCGUGACAACUGCUCGCCCUGAGAAUAGAAUAAAUAGGCCUCCAUUUUCCUCUCCACUAGCUACAAGACUUUCACCUCAGAGGUCCCUGCAGGACCAGCUUCUCUUAUCUUCCUCUAGAUCGAUAGGCUCACCAGACACUGGUAGUGGUGUUUCGAGCAGUAGUCCACCAACCCAAUUUAGCACUCCUCCAGGCCCUCCUAUUUUCUCUUCGCCAUUAAGGCCGGCAGCUGUUCCCUUCCAGACUUCACCUGCCAGUCCACAGCCAGUUGCUUUCUCAUCUGGUUCGACCCUACCCACAUCUUCACCGCCAAAUUUCACGAAUGGAACUACUCAAUUUCCGCUACAAUAUACAUCCGCUGUUGAAGAGACUAUUGAAUCGCCAUAUGUACUCUUCUCUGCUCACAAGGUGUUGAAACGUAAAAAGCAAGCAAAUGUAUCUAGCUUGGGAUUUGGAGCUUUGGUGACCCCUGGGAAGGAGAUAAAUCCUGGCCCUCAAGUUGUUCAACGUGAUGCUUACCGUUGCCAGAAUUGUGGUGCUUAUUCAAACAUUUAUUCAGAGGUUUUAAUUAGUUCUGGUCAGUGGCAAUGUGUAAUCUGUAAGAGAUUGAACAGCAGUGAUGGGGAAUAUAUUGCCGCUAGCAAGGAAGACUUGCGUCACCUGCCGGAAUUCUCUUCACCGUCAAUUGAUUAUGUUCAGUCUGGAAACAGGAGACCAGGAUAUGUUCCAGUUUCAGACUCAAGGAUGUCUGCUCCUAUAUUUCUUGUCAUUGAUGAGUGCUUAGAUGAAGCCCAUCUCCAGCAUUUGCAGGGCUCUUUGCACGCAUUUGUUGAUUCUCUUCCGCAGAAUAUGAGAAUUGGUAUUAUUACUUAUGGUCGGACAAUAUCCAUUUAUGAUUUUUCGGAGGGUUCAGUAGCAUCAGCUGAUGUGCUUCCAGGUGGUAAUUCACCCUCUGAAGAAUCAUUAAAAACAUUGAUUUAUGGGACUGGAAUAUACUUAUCGCCAAUGCAUGCAUCACUUUCCGUAGUGCACACCAUUUUUUCCUCUCUAAGACCAUACAGACUUAAUUUGCCAGAAGCAGUGAGGGACCGUUGCCUUGGUGCAGCUGUUGAGGCAGCAAUGGCUAUCAUACAAGGUCCAUCUGCAGAUAUGUCUCGUGGUAUCAUUAAAAGACCUGGAGGUAAUUGCAGAAUUUUGGUAUGUGCAGGUGGUCCAAAUACUUAUGGCCCUGGGUCAGUUCCAAGCUUUUUGAGCCACCCUAACUAUCCAUACAUGGAGAAAACAGCCAUGAAGUGGAUGGAACAUCUUGGUCAAGGGGCGCAUCGUAACAACAUCAUAGUUGAUAUACUAUGUGCUGGAACUUGUCCCGUAAGAGUUCCAGUUUUGCAGCCAUUGGCGAAGAGCUCUGGUGGUGUGCUUUUGCUUCAUGAUGAUUUUGGGGAGGCUUUUGGUGUUAAUUUGCAGAGAGCAUCAAUUCGUGCAGCUGGUUCACAUGGAUUGUUAGAGAUACGCUGCUCAGAUGAUAUUCUAGUGACUCAAGUAAUUGGACCUGGGGAAGAGGCCCCUGCAGAUGCUCAUGAAACAUUCAAAAAUGAUUCUUCAUUUUGUAUACAGAUGCAUAGUGUUGAAGAAACACAGAGCUUUUCCUUAUCCAUGGAAACCAAAGGCGACAUUAGAAAUGAUUAUGUUUAUUUUCAAUUUGCAGUUCGGUAUUGGAAUGUCUAUCAGGCAGACAUCUCUAGAGUGAUCACAAUGAGAUUGCCCACUGUAGAUAGUGUGUCACAAUAUCUUGGGAGCAUCCAGGAAAAUGUGGUUGCAGUGCUAAUUGCUAAGAGGACUCUCCUGCAUGCCAAAACUGCUGCUGAUGCAAUUGAUAUGAGAAUAACAGUUGAUGAGAGAAUUAAGGAUAUUGCUUCAAAAUUUGGUUUACUGUUACCAAAAUCCAAGCUUGUUCGGUUCCCGAAGGAGUUAUCUACAUUGCCUGAGAUGUUAUUUCAUCUUAGAAGAGGACCACUCCUUGGGAAUAUUGUUGGACAUGAAGAUGAAAGAUCUGUUUUGAGAAAUUUAUACUUGAAUGCGUCAUAUGAAUUGUCUCUGCGUAUGUUGGCACCUCUUUGCUUGAUGCAUCGUGAAGGAGGCACUUUUGAAGAGCUGCCAGCUUAUGAUCUUUCCAUGCAGUCAAAUUCUGCCGUUGUGCUCGAUCACGGAACUGAUGUCUUCAUAUGGCUAGGAAAUGAACUUACGGCAGAAGAAGGGAAAAGUGCAGCGGCCUUAGCAGCUUGUCGAACUUUGGCUGAAGAGCUAAGCGAACAACGUUUCCCUGCUCCUAGAAUUCUUUCUUUCAAAGAGGGAAGCUCACAGGCUAGAUACUUUGUUUCUCGUCUAAUUCCAGCUCACAAGGAUCCGCCUUAUGAGCAGGAAGCAAGAUUCCCUCAACUACACACAUUAUCAGCGGGUCAGAGAGCGAGAUUGAAGGCGAGUUUUUUCCAUACUGAUGAUCAGAGCUUCUGUGAGUGGAUGCGGAGCUUGAAACUCGUCGCGCCUGAGCCAAGCUAACGCUGAAGAAAGCGGGGUUCAGAAAGUUCAUAUCGAUACUUGCAGAUUUGCCUGCUGGUAAACUAUACGCCAUUCGAGUAAAACUUCUUCCUCCAUUUGUGAAUUCUAAAAUUUCAAUCAGCAUUGAUUAUAUAGAGAUUCAAGGUCCACAACGCCAGAUCUUCUGCAGCUUCAGAUCUUCCAUUAUAAAACUUAGAAAACAAUUUUUUUUUUCGGAUCUUGCUUCAGGUAAACAUUAUUUGAAAGAUCAGUUAAGAUUUUGACCCUAAAUUUUAAAAUAAGGAAAUAUUGAUUAUUUGAAAUUAUAUUUGUUGUUGUUUGUUCUCUUCUUCUGCAUCCCUUUUGAUGUAAACUAGAAUAUUAGUUUUUGUGACCUGAGAGCUGGUGUGUUUUGGCCAUAGUAAAUUUAUAUGACCAGAUAUUUCAGAUUGA